GAGUGACCGCUACGCCUUCAUGGUGAGCCAGACACCCCUAGAGGACACGCUAGUGGACUUUUGUCGCCAAAUACAUGACCACGACAUCCGCAUCGAGAUCUCAUUCCCGGACGAAUGGAGAGAACAGGUGUGUAGACUUCCAACCAGCGGCUCAAGCACAAUCGGACCUUUCACAGUUCGUCUUGAGAAGGAGAAAACAUCGGACAGCAUCAUACACAGAAAAUACUCUCUGACAAACAAAACUGGGGGUAAGAAAGAAUUCUGCCAGCUGGUGUGCAAGAAAUGGACGAGGCAACAGGUGGUUCCAUCGGAUCAGAAGUCAUUUGUGCAGCUACUACAGGAAGUGGAGACACGUCGAAAGGCGAAUCGAAACAGUCCUGUCCUAAUAACCUGUCUUACGGGAUAUGAGCGGAGCGGCCUUGUGGCGGUGUUGUUGACCAUACUGGACAUACUGACCAGUACAGGAGCCGUGUCUGUCCCUCUCGUGAUACGACACCUACGGACACGAAGGCAACAACUCAUACCAACUUUCGGACAGUUCCAGUUCUGCCACGAUGUUGCUCUGGACCACGCCAAUACAAGCAAUACAUACGCCAAUGUCUGACCGUGAAAUGGAGUGCAGGGAGCUAAGCGUCAGUGACGGAAUAUAUAUCAAACCUGACAAGCAAUAUUAAAGAACCAUCUAGGAA